AUGGGGAAGGACACCUUCACACUCGGUGGUCGAGAAUGGCCUAGGGUGACUUGGUGGAAGAUGAAGGGCAUGCGCUUCGUCUAUCUUACUCUCUGGGCAGCCAUGGUUACCUCUGCGACCAACGGCUACGAUGGAUCUUUGAUGAACGGAUUGGAGGCCAUGCCUUCAUGGAAUGAUUCGUACAAUCACCCGGCUGGCGGCACCCUAGGUCUCUUGGCGGCUGCCAUGUCGAUCGGCUCUAUGCUUUCAAUUCCCGUCGUCCCCUAUGUUGCUGAUAUCCUCGGUCGUCGCGCCGGUGUGGUCUUGGGCUGUGUGAUCAUGCUUUUCGGUGUCGCCAUGGUUUCGAUUGGAUACCGCAUUGCCCUGUUUGUCGUUGGUCGUAUGAUCCUUGGUUUCGGUCUCGGCAUUGCUCAGGAAUGUUCGCCCCUUCUCGUCACUGAGCUGGUGCACCCUCAGCAUCGAGCAAUUUACACGUCAAUUUACAACAGUUUGUGGUACGUGGGCUCCCUCAUCGGAGCCUGUGUCGCUUUGGGAACGAACCACAUCAUUGGCAGCGACUGGUCGUGGCGUGUCCCUUGUCUCCUGCAGGGAAUUCCAUCAGUUUGCCAGCUGAUUUUCAUUUGGACUGUUCCCGAAUCGCCCCGUUGGCUCAUCUCCAAGGGUAGAUUGGAGGAGGCAAAGAAAGUCCUGGCGUACGUGCAUGCCCAAGGAGACGAAGAUGAUGAACUGGUCAACGUCGAAUUCGAUGAGAUCCAACAGACCAUUGAGCUGGAGAAGGAAUUCGAGGGCAACAGCUGGGCUGAAUUCUGGUCCACUCCCGGCAACCGACACCGCCUGAUCAUCCUGGUCAGCAUCGGUUUCUUCUCCCAGUGGUCAGGCAACGGAAUUGUGUCAUAUUUCCUUCCCCAGGUUUUGAAAAUGAUUGGCAUCACCGACAGCAACACGCAGUUGACCAUCAACCUGAUUCUCAGUGCGGUCAAUGUGGUGUCUGCAACUGGAAUCUGUUUCUUCGUCGACUACUUCGGCCGACGCAAGCUCUUCCUGACAUCCAGUUUUAGCAUGCUCGCAUGCUAUGUCGCCACAACCAUUGCUCUGGCCCGCUUCCACAUUUCCGAUGCUGCCGGUGUGCAAAACAACAAUGCCGCCCACGCCGUCCUUGUGUUCAUGUUCCUCUUCUACAUUGCCUACAACAUCGGUUACAGCGGCCUGUUGGUCGGCUACUCUUCUGAGAUCCUGCCGUACCACCUUCGUGCCAAGGGUCUUACUAUCAUGUUCCUCUGUGUCGAUCUCAGUCUGUGGUUCAACCAAUAUGUGAACCCAAUUGCAUUGGACGCGAUUGGCUGGAAGUACUACAUCGUUUACUGUGUGUUCCUGGUCUUCGAAAUUUUCAUCGUCUGGAAGUUCUACAUUGAGACCAAGGAGAUUCCUUUGGAGGAGAUUGUCAAGAAGUUCGAUGGUGACCGGGCUAUUCUGGGUGGUGCCGCUGCUUCUGAGAAGGUUCAGGAACUCACCGGAGCUCAUGGUCGAUCUGCCUCCGCAGACGGUGGUGAGAAGGCGAUCACUACUCAGGUUGAGCUGUAG